AUGAAGUCUCCGGCACAACAACCAUUUCUCUCGGUUCUGCCACGUCAGCAGCAUAUUAAAUUACUCGUCUACCACGCCAUCUCGCGCGUGCGUAUGUCUCUUCAGGAAACGGGUCAGAGAGAUUAUACUGUUGAAGAAUUAACUGGAGUUACCGGAGCAGUAGGUAUAUAUAUUCUCUCAGUUCUUACUGACCGUAACUUUCCUUACCGUUCUAUUAAAUUACUCGCUAGUAAAAGAUCUGCUGGUAAAUCUAUGAAGUUUGAAAACAGAGAUUAUACUGUUGAAGAAUUAACUGAGGAUAGUUUCGAAGGUAUUGAUAUUGCGUUGUUUAGUGCUGGUGGUUCAAUUAGUAAGAAAUUUGGACCUUUAGCGGCUCAGAAGGGGACUAUUGUUGUGGAUAAUAGUUCGGCUUUUCGAAUGGACGAGAAUGUGCCAUUAGUGAUACCGGAAGUGAAUCCUGGUGCUAUGAAGCAUGUUAGGGUUGGUUCCGGAAAGGGAGCGAUUAUUGCUAAUCCGAAUUGCUCGACUAUUAUUUGCUUGAUGGCUGUUACUCCUCUUCAUCGUCGUGCUAAGGUCAAACGCAUGGUUGUUAGUACAUAUCAGGCAGCUAGUGGUGCCGGUGCUGCUGCAAUGGAAGAGCUAGUGCAGCAGACUCGUGAGGUCCUGGAGGGCAAAGAACCAACCUGCAAUAUCUUUAACCAGCAGUAUGCCUUUAAUCUGUUCUCACAUAAUGCACCCGUUCAACCCAAUGGAUAUAACGAAGAGGAAAUGAAGCUGGUCAAAGAAACAAGAAAAAUAUGGAAUGACAUGGAUGUCAAAGUUACUGCAACUUGUAUACGUGUUCCUGUUAUGCGUGCACAUGCUGAGAGUGUGAAUCUUCAAUUUGAGAAUCCCCUUGAUGAGGAUACCGCAAGGGAUAUUCUUAAAGAUGCACCAGGUGUAGUUGUAGUCGAUGACCGUGCUAGUAACCGAUUCCCAACCCCACUUGAAGUUUCCAAUAAGGACGAUGUUGCAGUAGGAAGAGUACGCCGUGAUGUUUCUCAAGAUGGAGAUUAUGGGCUGGACAUCUUUGUUUGUGGUGAUCAAAUACGAAAGGGAGCUGCCCUUAAUGCCAUCCAGAUUGCAGAAAUGCUUUUGUAGAUUUGCGAUAUAGCACGCUAAGGUUCUAAUUUUGGCUCAAAUGUGAGAGACAUAGAACCUGAAAGCUAGGCGCGUAUUCCUCCAUCACUACGUUUUGCUCAGUGGGAUUUGGCAAUCCUUGUUUACAUUAGUUGAGUUUCUUCUAGUUUGAAGUGAGAUUUUGCUUCAAACUCUUGUUUCUGCAUAACCUUCUUUUAUUUAUAAUAAAAUUUUGUUGGCUGA